AUGGUAAAAGAAGCAGACCCAGCCAGGCUGACCCCCUAUUCCCAAGGCCAGCGGGCAGCCAGCAUGUUCGGCCUGGCACUGCUCCCUCUGCCCUGCGGGAGACAAAGGCAGUUCCUGAAGGCAGUGACUCACUCAGAGCAGCCCAGAGGGCUGGAGCUCCUGAUAGCUGAGCUCCAAACUCUGUUCUCAGCUGUGCUGCAAGAUGGCAGCCCUGCAGCUUGGCACUAUCUGCAUGCAGUACUGGGUCUGCUGCCUCCCUAUCGUGCGCUGCUCGUUGGUCUCGUUGAUUUGCUACCCUUCCUGGAGCAGCUAUAUCACUGGGCACCCUGGGUCCUAUCCCAGCUCCAGCUGGACCUGCUAGAUGCCAUAGACCGGGCCUUUCCCCGAGACACCUCUUUGUUAGAGAGUGCCUCCCAUGUUGACUGCUGUCUUCAGAAGCAGAGGUUCCAUUAUGGUCCCCCACUCCUAGUGUGCCCUUUUGUGCAGGCCCGGAUGGGUAGGCAGCAAGUAGAGGAGGAGUUGGCCACAUGGCUGCGACCAUUGACUCUGCCUGAGCUCCAGCACAGCCUGGGUAUUGUUGGUGCCGAGGUGGCCCUGGAAGAGGCUCAGUGGCUAGAUGGCCUUAGUCUCCUGCCCUUGGCACUGGCAACAGACAUCCCUGUACAGUAUGAAAGCAGUGGCGCUGACAAUGCAGAGGAGGAACCUCUUGGAAGAAGAGAGACUAAGUCUCGGCUUGACUCUGAAGUUCCUGGAAAGAAGACCUUCCAAAAGAGCAGCACUGGUCUCUUACCUCAGACUUCCUUCCUGGGUAGCCAGGUGACGACCAUUCUGAAGAGAGAGAGAUACCUGGAGAAAAUCCACUUCCUCUACCUCAAUGUGGCUCCCAGCCGGUACUUUAAGCCCUACAGCCUGGUGGUGGUGCCACCGAACAAGGUGAAUGCUGAGCACUACAUCUUCUCUCCCUUUGGCGUCCUGCAUGUGCAUCCUGUGGAGGGCAGUGAGACGAUGACGCUGGGUACCUGGCACCGCCACUCUGUCCUCUGGCAACAGCUCCAGUUUAUCCCAUUCUUUAAGUAUUGCCUCUUACGCAAGGCCUUGGCCUGCUGGAAGAAGAAUGUGAAGUUGCAAGGGCUGCACCGGUGCCGGACUUUCCUGGGGAAGCAUCUGCUCUUCGCUGUGCCCCACUUUGGAGCUGGACUGCUUCAUAUUAGCAGGCUUCUACAGGAGCUGCACUCUGUGUCCUGGUUCCCCCGGGAGCCAGAUCAGUGCUACGAGCUGCUGGACCUGCAGCGGGCUCUAGCAAAGGAGAACCACAAGGCCCUGCGGCUGCUCUGUCGCUGUCUGCACCUCUGCACAUCCAUCCUUCAUAUGGUUCAUGAGGAUACAUAUCAAAUGCAACAGGGCCUGCAGGAGCGAGUGAAAAACUGCAAGAGGAUCAGGAAAGGCCAAGGCUCCAUAUACCUUCAAAAGGUGCAGCGCCAGCGUCUGGAACAGAAGCUGAAGCAGGCAGAGACCUGGCUGCUGCAGCUGGGACGGUUGGCCCGCCUGGUGGACUACAUGAUUUGCCAGCGCCUCAUGUCUGUCAUAGAGGAGGAAAUAACCUCUUUUGUGGCCAACAUCCUGCAAGCCCCAAGGCAGAAGCCUUUUCUCUCAGCACAGCUGGUCUUCGACAGUUGUGGCCAGCUGUCUCAUGAGCCCCGUAUUGAAAAAGUGACCCAGAUUCUAACUGGGAGCCUACAGUCUGUCAAGGCCUCUAUUCUGAAGGUAAUGCAGUCUACAAACCUGAAGACCCCCGUGGACUCCCUGUAUUCUGAAGAAGAUGCAGAGGAGGACUCGAGCAUGGAUUCCCUGAGGCCCAAGUCCCAGGGCCAGCCCAGCGAUGCCGUGCACAUCUUCUGUGGCCCGAAUGUAGGAUUGGUAUGGCCCUGGAAAUCUCACCCAAUUAUUGAAGCCCUGGAGGUCCGUGGGCACCGGCUACGGGGCCAGUACUUGCCCCCAGAUUACAAGCAGUUGCAAGAGGACCUGGACAACAACCCUAGACUCCAGCAGGCCCUGACUAUCCAACAGGACCUGUUGAAGGGCGUGCUGUGGGAAGUGCAGGAAUUCUGCAAGGAAUAUCAUUGGAUGACAGAGAUUUACGAGUUUCUGCAAACCUGGGGUCCUCAGAAGCUGGAGUCUAUGAGAGAUUGUCCCAUUAAGAACUACGUGAUGCUAGUAAGCUGCCUGAACGUUCGGCAGGCCCGUGUUUCCAAUAUACCUAAUGAGUUGAUCACAAAAAGCAAGUUGCUGCUGCUGAGCUGUCGUGAUGUACGGGCAGAGAUGGAGUCCAAGCUGGAGAGCAUCAGAAAGGACAUUCUUGCACAGGUACAGAAUGAGUGCUGGAGCCGCAGCCAGCAACUAAUGAAAGAGCUCGCAGAUUUCAUCAAGGUCUUCCAAACUGUCAUCUCAGACUUUCACUCCAUUGCCCAGUGCUCCCAAAAGUUGAACGAGGCCAAUGACCAGUACAACAAGCUGGAGGAGCGAAUGGAAUACAUACGGUCACUCCAUGAACUCACCCGCAGCCACUUUCGCCUCUUUAGUGCUGAGAAUGAGGCGCUGGACAUCUCGGUGAGAAGGCAGUUCAGAGAGUCACUCAUCCCCUCGGUCCCCUCCCCACAACCACAUUCACUCAACUGCUCUCUGCUUGCCCCACAGCUUCUGGAUAUGUGGGAGGCAUUUCAGUUUGAGAGAAGCCAGGCCUCGGAGUUCCUGCUCAGCAAGCAACAUACCAUCGUGCCCAAGCUGCAGCAGCUGAUGGCAGCAGCACUGGCAGAGCUGGAAGGCCUGAUUGAGAAGGCCCUGUCCGGGCCCUUCAUGGACCCUGCGCAAGAGCAGAGGAGCACUGAGUGCCAGCUCCUAGCCCUGGAGCGCCAGUUCCAGAGCACAGCCAGCCACCUCAGUGAGCUGCACCGUGCCUACGCCACCUUCACUGGGGAUAAGAGUCCUGUGCCGUUGCCAAUCUGUGGGACCCGUCCUAUCGUGCAGCAGCAGCGUAUCUGGCACCUGUACCGAGUCAUUUCUGAAAACAUCAGCGAAUGGAAGUGCAUGGCUUUUGCCAAGUUCAGCCUGGCUAUGGCCCAGGAGAAGACAGAUGGCUGGCUGACAGAGGCAUCCCAGAUGGGUGCCACCCUGGGGCUGCACAGCCCAGUUCUGCAGUGCUGUGUGCACAUUCUGGAGGAAUUUCGCAGCUACCUGCCAUUGCUUACCAAGCUGGGCAGCCUCCAGCUGCAGAGCCUCAAUCUCCAAGCCCUCCUGCGAGCCUUAGGGCUGGGCAGUCUGAACAUAGAACUCCUAACACUGAGCCAGCUGCUUGCUUGUCCGCUGCUGGACUUUGCAGAUCGACUCAAUCAGGUCUGGCAGUGUGAAAAUGAACAAGUUCAUGCCCAACAGACCCUGCGGCAGCUGCAGUGGGUCUGGGAAGUGCGCCAGCUGCGACUGCUCAACUUCAUCCUGCAUGUGCCCUACGAGCCCCCAGUCUUGGAGCGCUCCAAGAGGCACAUGCUCCGCAGUCCCCACUGGGACGUAGUGGCCAAGGAUAGUGGCACCUUCAUUCUUUCAGAUUACAGCAGCCUGCAGGAUUCUAUCCAGGAAAGUCUUCAGGUGUUGUUCAAGAUCCUGGCCAUACAAAACUCAGGAGACUUAUACAAAAUAGCUUUGGAGUGGGUGACCAUCAUGUAUGGCCUGGGUGACGUGCUGGACGCGUGGGAGACUUUUCAGCAGAAGUGGAUUUUUCUGAAUAAAGUUCUACAUGAGAUGAAGAUCCAAUUUCCCAGUUCUGACCUGGACUCCCGUUUCAAGGCCAUGGAUGAGCAGUAUCGGACCCUGAUGCGGAUCUCUGUAGCUGACCCUCUGGUUCUGUCACUUAUAGUGCCCAGUGCCAAGCGGAGCCCUUAUUUCCAAGGCCAGCAGCUGCAACAACUGCUGCAAGCAGGCUCAGCAGAGCUGGAGGGCAUCAUUAUUGCUCUGGAAAGCGUGCUCUAUGGGUUCUGUGCUCAAUUCCCCCGCCUCUUCUUCCUCAGUAACAGUGAGUUAGUGGCCCUGCUGGCUGCCCCACUAGAGUCAUGUGAGGCCCAGAUAUGGGUACGACGCUGCUUUCCUCAUGUGCAUGCUGUGAGCUUCAAGUCUAUCCCCACAGAUAGAAACAUGGAGGACCAGGAGUCAAGGCCAAGCACACUGACUCAGGUGGAGGCACUUGUAGUGCUAGGGGCAGGUGGGGAGGAGGUGAAGCUGCAGGAGUCCCUUCCUUUGCAUCCAGAUUUCCCCAAAUGGCUGGCGUCUCUGGAAAAGUGUCUGCGUUUGGCAUUGGUGCACCUACUGCAGGACUGUGUGGCUGCCCAUCUGGCUCUGGGUCCAUCCCUAGACAAGGCCUUCAAGGAGCUGCCCCAGCAAAGCCAGUUGCCCCUGCAGCAGUAUGUCCACCACGGGCUAGAUUUAAUCAAGGCUUUCCCAUGGCAGUGUGUGCUGGUGGCAGAGGAGGUGGUAUGGCGGGCCGAGAUGGAAGAAGCUCUGCUUGAGGGGAGGACCCUGGCCAUGGUCUCCGCACAUGUAUGGAAGCUGGAAGGACUGGUGCAUUUUGUACGGGCCCAGAGGGCCUACCAAGGUGGGCAGCCCCUGCCCUCUGUCCGCCAGACCAGCCUGCUCAGUGCGCUACUAGUCAUGGAAGUGACUCACCGGGAUAUAGCACAGCUGCUGAAGGAGCACCAGGUCUGUGAUCUGGCAGACUUCCACUGGGCCCGCCAACUCAAGUACCACCUGGGUUCAUCUCGCACCAUCCCCAAAAGUCCCCUGCAGAGUCUCAAGACUAUUGUAUCUACUGAGAAUUCCCUGUCACCAGCUGCAUGCUGGAUAGAGGUGCUAGGCCGGUCCUUUCUGUACAAUUAUGAGUACCUGGGUCCCAGACUGGAGUCUCUACCCAGCCUGCUGCCUGAGCGCCCAGCCCUUGUACUGUUAUUGGCCCUGGAGGAGGUGGCCUGUGGGACCCUACUGGGCCCUGAUGGUGUAGGCAAGGUAGCAAUGGUGAAGAACCUGGCAUGGGCCCUGGGGCGCCAGCUGGUGAUGAUGCACUGCUUGCCUCAGAUGGAGGCCCAAAGCCUGAGCAACUACCUGAAUGGUGCCCUGCAGGGUGGUGCCUGGCUACUGUUGGAGGCAGCUCAGUACCUGCCCCUUGGCUUGCUCUCUGCCCUGGGCCAGCGCCUGGCUGAACUGCACCACCUCUAUGCCCCACUGUACCGGGAGGCUUCUGGAGGCAUCAGUACCAUCGACCCCACCCACUCCCAGUUCCUUGGCAGUGGCUUCUUUGAGAAACAUCACGUGUAUAUGCGUCUUGGCUAUGGCUGUCUCCUGACGCUGACUGCCCUGGUCCCUGCUGUGCCCGCCAACCUGCGCCUGCUACUGCGGCCUGUGGCAUUCACACUGCCUAACCUACAGCAAGUAGCAGAGCUGACCCUGCUGGGUGCAGGGAUGCGGGAUGCCUCCCGCAUGGCUACCCGCCUAUCCAAGUUCUUCUCCCUAGAGAGUGAGCUCGUGUCUAGGCCCCUGCCCUGCCGCCUACGACUGCUCAAGCAGGUACUGGCAGACAUGAUACAGGCUCUAAAUGUGACCAAGGAAGAACCCAACUCCCAGCAGUCCUACAGCCUAGCUGCCAUUGAGGAAGCCGCCCUAGUGCGUGCUUUGCUACACUCACCAAUAUUCAGCGUUCUGGAUGGGGUCCAUCUUCACAACCACCAAAAGCUGCUCAGUGGGAUCUUUCCCAGUGCCAGCCAGGUGCUGGCAGAGCCUGUGACCCACAGGCUGAGGAAGCCACUGCUGGUGGAGGAAUUGCGGCAGGCAGGCCUGCAUCCCAGUCCUGAUAUUUUGGGGUCCCUGGAGCAGCUGAGCCAGGCCUUGUGCCGGGCCUCAGGCAUUUUGCUCCUGGGCCCUGCAGGCAGCGGCAAGACCACUUGUUGGCACAGCUUAUUUCAGAUCCAGAAUCAGCUUGCAGCCAGGGAGGUCACCUCAACACAGGGCUAUCCACCUGUGGAAAUUACGCACCUGUAUCCCAGUGUCCUCAGCCCCCAGGAGUUCCUGGGAUGGCUAGAAGGCCCCUGCUGGCACCAAGGCAUCUUCCCCAAGCUGCUGCAUGCAGCCAGUCAGUGUAAGACUGUGAACCCAAAAAGGAAGGCACGGGGAUCGGUGGGGGUCCAGCACUGGAUAAUAUGUGAUGGGGCCUCCAGUGCUGCUUGGCUGGACUCUGUCACUUGCCUCCUGAGCGACCCCCCCCAGCUUACCCUCCCCAAUGGUCAGCAGAUAGAACGACCCCCAAGUACUUUUCUCUUGAUGGAGGUGGGAGACACAGCAGGCAUGUCCCCCACAGUGGUGGGCCGCUGUGACCUAGUGUGGUGUGGUGGGGAACAGACUUGGCAGGGGAUGCUCAGCACCCUGAUGGCAGCCCUGCCCUAUGAGUACCCCCUGCAACCCCAGACGGUCACUGAGCUCAAUCACCUGGCUGAAGUGCUGGUGCCCGCAACAUUCCAAUUCCUCACCCAGCAGGGUGCCAGCUCCCUGCUGCAGGCACAUGGGCAGCAGGCUGUUUGCCCAGGCGUGGCUGAAGUCACCAGCCUGGCUCGCCUUUUGCGUUGUCUGCUUGACCGCCACCUGCGCAUAGAUGAGGAAAAGAGGGCACAUAUCACAGAGGACCUCCGCUAUAGUGAUCCUGUAGCCCAAAGCUUCAAGUCCUCACAAAGCAGCUCUCUGAACCAGUCCCAGGUUGACGGCGGUGAUGUGCCUCGUAAGCACAGGGAGCACUUGCUGGGUGUCAGCAGCUUUCUUUUUGCCUUGAUCUGGGGCUUUGGAGCCCACCUUCCCUCCAGGCUCUGGCCCCUCUUUGAUACCUUCCUGAGGGGUUCUAUUAGUUGCCUCUCCAACUAUCCUGAGCCAUCGCCCUCAGCACUGGUGUUUGAUCUACACGUAUGCCCUGAAGAUGGGACACUGGUCCCCUUCACUGGCCAAUACCUGGCCAGCUGCGUCAAGGGACUUCCGGGCACCUUCACUCCUUCUCCCCAGACUGAACGGCUCUUGUAUGUGGUGGACCUACUUCUGAAGGAGGGACACCCAGUGCUGCUGGCUGGAGAGGCAGCCACCGGGAAGUCCGCAUUUGUGGAGGUGCUAGUGGAGCCACGUCACCCUUGCACGUACAGCCGCAUCCACCCUGCCUUCAGCUCCAUCCACCUUCGCCUUCUGCUGAGCCGAGGGGUCCAGAGCCAAGCACGAGUCAACACACGGCCUGGGUGGCACCUGGAUUCUAAAGGCUCCCUCCUCUUCCUGCUGGAGGAUCUGCACCUGGCUGCUUCUGACCCAGAGAAGAGCUGUCAGCCAGUGUUGGAGACUCUGCGCCAGGCCAUAGAUGGCUCUCUGUGUGCCCACAGCACCUUGGAACUGCAGAUGCUGCAGCCUGUGGUCAACUUCUUCGCCACAGCCACAGUGCCGGGCUUCUGUGAGCGCCCCCUGAGCCCACGCCUUUUUCGGCUCUUCACAGUGCUGGCCUUGAGCAGUAUGACCCAGGCCAUGCUGCUGAGCAGGCACACACCUAUUGUCCAGGUCUGGCUUGAGCAUUUCCCCUCUGUGGAGCGGGAGGGUGCUCUAGCAAGAGCCCUGGUCCGGGCCUCGGUGGAAGCCUGGGAGGCUGUGGGCAACUGCUUUAAGCCUUCACCCCUCCACCCACACUACCACUUCUCCCUGCACUCUGUGAGCCAACUACUGGGCAGCCUGCAGCUGCUGCCGACCAGAACAGGCUCUCGAGGUUUUCUGGACUACCCUAAUGACCAGGAGCACUUGCGCCGGGUGUCAGGCUUGCGUGGCACACGCCUGACAAUUAUGAUGGCCAUGCGCAACAUGGUACGUCUUUGGCUGCAUGAGGCACAGAGAACCUUUUGUGACCGGCUAGACAGCCCUAGGGAACGCUCUCACUGUGCCAAGCUGCUUCUAGAAGUAGCUCAUAGUGUCUUCUGCUGUGGGCAGGUGCCCCAGAGCCUGGGCAAGGGCCAUGAGGAGGGGGAAGAGUGGGGAGAAGAGGAGGAGGAUGAGAGAGUGCCUGAAGUGGAGUCAGAGGGGGAGCUGACCCAGUGGGAGGACUUCAGCAACAGCGGCAGUGAAACAGAGGAGGAGAAUGCUUAUGGCCUUCAGGUCACCACAGACCCACCCUCCAAAUAUUUAGAUCUUGUACCAGUAAAGAAUAAGACCAUAGAGAGCGUAAGUCAAAAGAUAAACCAGGAGGAAGGCACAGUGACCUCCAGCUACAAACUCCACCUAAAGGGAGCUAAGAAUCGGUGGCAGAAGGCAUCCCAGGUGGAUCUGGUCUCACCCCUGUUGCUACCAGUGCUGCUACUUCGUCCGCAGGAAAAGCCCUCAGACCUGGUCUUCAGUCAAGAGCUGAUACUAGGUUCCAACUCUGAGGGCCCCAACUUGUACCUGGAACGGCAGUGGGAGAGCCUGGGGGAGCAGCUGGCCACCUCAGCCGCUCAGCUAAAGCUGAGCCCCCACCUUGCCCAGUGCCGCUCAAUGGCCCAGCACGUGGCCCGCCUGGUCCGGGUGCUGGCCAGGCCCCGGCAGCAUGGCCUACUGCUGUCGGGGGCUCUGAGCACUGGGCGCUGUACUGCCAUCACGCUGGCAGCUAACAUUUGUCAGGCCCGCCUCUUCCAUCUACCCUGUGAACCAGAGGACGCCAUUCUCCAGUGUCUACGGGAUGCCAGCUGGCAUGCUGGCAUGUUAGGACAGCCAGUGGCCCUGCUGGUGCCCAAGGGUAUAGAUCUUACUACCCUUCACCGUCUGCUGGCCCUGGCAUCCUCAGGCAGUUUCCCUGACCAGUACACAGAGGCAGAUCUGGACAACAUUGAAGAACAUUUCCCCAGGGAGACCCUUAGUGUCAAGCAGACCAUCAGGAAGGAAAUGCUGUUACAGAGGUUCUACCAGCAAGUGUGCAGCCACUUACACAUGUUCAUCCUGAUUGGAGAUGACCAGGUCCGCAAACAGCUGCCCUCCCUCCUUUUCCUGAGGCUCCUUCAACUGGCCAUCGCCAGCAUUGAUCGCUAUGAACCCUGGGACCAAGAUUCCCUGGUCAGUGUGGUCCAGCACCACCUGCAGGGUGCUCAGAGUCUAGCCCUUGGUGACGACUCCUUGAAGUGCCCAGACCUCCAGGCCUCAAUUCCCAGUGUGGCCAAAGCCAUGGCUCUCAUCCACCUUUCGGCUGCCAGCUACCAUGGACACCUGUGCCCUGAAUUGCCACUCGUCACACCCAAGACCUUCCUAGACUUCCUGGACACCUUCAUGCUGCUGCAGCAACAGAUGAUCCUGCAGAUGGAGCACAAGGCCCAGCGGGUCCACAAUGCCCUGGGGAAUCUGACAAUGCUGAUUGAGCAGCACGGUGCCCACACCGACCUGGUCUUCAACUUGGAACAGCAGCUCAAACACUCCCAUAGGAAGCUCAACAUAUGUCAGCAGCAGCUAGAGCAAGGCAAGCUCCUGUACCAGCAGCAGCUGGCAGGCUGUCGGCAGCAGGAGAACCUCGCUGAGAACCUAACCAAGCAGUCGGAUGCCCUGCGGGCCCAGCAUGAGGCUUUCCUGGAGCAGAUGGGCAAGGCCUUUCUAGGGCCCCUGAGCCAGCUGCAGGUGGCCGACUUUGAGGAGAUUCGGAGCUACCGUGCACCACCAGAACCUGUGGUCCAGGUGACUGAUGCGCUGUGUGACCUGUUCCACCGUGAACGAGGCUGGGCCAGUGCCAAGCAACUGUUAUGCACUGAGGACUUUUAUCAGGAGCUGGUGUUCUUCCCCAAGGAGAAGAUGACAGACUCAGAGGUAAUAAAGUUAAACCUGGCUCUGAAGGCUCCAGGUAUGAGUGACGAAGCCUUGCGGGCAGUAAGCAUACCUGCAGCAAGCCUGGCAGCCUGGCUGUGGGCCGUUCUGCACUACCGGCUGGCACAACACCGAGGACUGCCCACGGCUCUGCUGCUGCAGCAGGUAGAGGCGACACUGGCUCGGGAGCAGGCCCGCCUGGCCCACUACCAGUUCCAGGCUCAGGAGAUCCUACAGCACAUUUUGGCCCUGACCAAGAAGCUGGAAGAUGCCCAGGCCUCCCAUAACCAUCUGGUGGAGAAUCUCAGUUUGGCUCAGUGUGGCCAGUAUCACAAGUGGCCCAUAAAAGCUGCGCUGCUCACGCCCAUGCAUUUCUGGACUACAGAGCUCCAGAAGUUGAAGGGGCACUGCAUGACUGUGUUUGGAGAUGCCCUCCUGUGUUCAGCUGCCAUCGUCUACCUGGGUCCCUUCCCGCCACUGCGGCGUCAGGAGAUACUGGACAAGUGGCUGGCUCUGUGUAGGGGCUUUCAGGAGACCCUGGGCCCAGAUGAUGUGGCACAGGCACUGAAGCAGAAUCAGAAAUCUGUCACCAUGCCACCAGAGAAACCCCUGCUCUCCACACGCUCUCCCUUCAGCCUUCUGUCCUUGCUGAGCUCUGAAUCCGAACAGCUCCAGUGGGACCGAGACCUAAAGCCCCAGGCAAAGUCAGCCCGCCUGGCAGGCCUCCUUCUGCGAAGUCGCACCCACUACUUCAGUUGCCGUUGGCCUCUGCUACUUGACCCCAGCAACCAGGCCCUUAUCUGGCUGAACACACUGCCUCGGGAAGAGACUAGAUACUUGGCCCCAGGUCCCGCCACGGACAGAGGGAAGGACUCCAGGAGAACUCAAGAGAAAGAGUGUACAGAGGAGGGCACAGAAGAGGAAGAUGAUGACAGUGAAGAGUGUGAUAAAGCUAAAGAUGAGACACAAGAGCAGAAGGCAGAGGAAGAGAAGCAAGGGCAGGAAAACAAGGAGGAGGAGACAGGGAGGCAGGAGUCAAGCCCCGCCUCUCAGAUCCAGUCUCCACCCCUUCCCUACCUCAGCGUACUUUCAGGUGCUGACCCGGACCUGGGUCCUCAGCUCCUGAAGGCAGCUGCAGGGGGCCUGCCCAUGCUACUGACCAAUGUGGAGCUGGGCCUGGGGUGCCAAGAACUGCAAUGGUUACUGCAGCGAGAAGAGCUGAGCCCACCCCAGGUGCAGCCUGGCUUCUGUCUCUAUCUGAGCACUACCCUCUCCCUCGGUGCCUUGGGAAAAGUGUUAGGUUGUGAACUGCUGAAGGGGCUGAAUGUACUGGAUCUGGGCCUGAACAUGGACGUCCUAGAAGAACAGAUGCUGCAUGAAAUCGUGUGCAUAGAGUGUCCCAAGCUUGAGAGCCGCUGGCAGGACCUCAAGAUAAGAUCCCUGCAUGCCCGUGAAGCUGUGGAGGCUGUUGAGGAGCGACUGCUGACGAUGCUACUGUUCCAGAACCCAAAUCAUCAGAAACCAGCCAAGUUCCUGCGGGGCACAGUGAGGACCCAGGCACAGCUAUGUCAGCUGCGUGCCCAUUGCGAGGAGCUAGAAGAACUGAGGCUGCAGGAGGUGGUAUUGUGGGCACCCUAUCGACGUGUGGUCCAGCAUGGAAUGGCCAUUAUCAAGGCCCUUAGCCCACUGCAGAACCUGCUGCCACCUUUACGUAUGAGCCCGGAGAAUUGGCUGGCAGCCACCAAGCAGGCACUGAACAGCAUGAAGCGGUGUGAGAAUCAUCAGGGGGUGGACCUGCCCAGCCAUCUGCUGCAGCUAAGAACACAGCUGACCCGCCAGCUGCUGGGCAGCACCGUGGCUGCACUGGGCCUGACUCAUGUACCCUUGGUGGGUGCCUUAGGUGCUCUGGCUUUGCUGCAAGUAUCAAAGAAAGCACCAGAUCUGGAGAGGCUGGCACUUUGGCCUGGACUGGCAGCCUCUCCCAGCACAGGCUACAGCAAGCCAGUCCCAGGUGUGGCUCGGCCGCCCUGGCUAGGGCUGAGAGCCUGGCACGAAUGUGGAAUGUUAGAGCUGCUGCCCCCAUUUGCUGGGCUGCGUGCGUCCCUGGCAGGCCACUCCAGCGUUUGGCAGGCUUACCUGUCACUGUCAUCCACAGUGCUGGGGCCUGCACCUGGGCCUGGGUCUGAUCCACUCAGCCUCCUCCAGAGGCUGAUCCUGUGGCGUGUGCUGAGACCUGAGUGCCUGGCAGGUGCCCUGGCAGACUUUACCACCAGCCUGCUGGGUCGGCCCCUGGAUGAAAACCUGAGCGCAUUCACUAUACCCCUCGAACACAGUAAAGCUACUCAGCCCCUGCUGGUCUUGUUACCACCACCUGGUCACCCUACAGACAUCUUGCAUCCCCUGACUGUCAUCCAGAAACUGGCUGCCAAACAUGAGCAGGGGCAGAAGCAUUUGGAGGUGAUAGCCCUGGGCUCUGAGGCCUGGGAUCCGGUCUCGGUUGUGGUCAGCACUCUCUGCCAGGCUAUGCACAAAGGGCACUGGCUGGUGCUGGAGAAUUGUCACCUGAUGCCUUACUGGCCAAAGGAGCUGCUACAGCCCUUGCUGGGGCUAUUGGACGGAGCCAAGGUGAUCUCGGACCUGGAGUUAGAACUGCUUUUAGCUCAACCUACAAGCAGGAAUGUGGUCCACAGAGAUUUCCGGCUUUGGCUUAUUGUGCCUACAGAGGCUAUUGCUUCCUUACCAGCUAUACUAACUCAGCACUCCAUGCCUAUUUCCUGGGAGCCAUCCCUGGACCUGGGCCGCGUCUUGAUCGACAGCGUGGAGCUAGCCCAGCAAGGACUGUAUGUGCAACCCCCUACUAAGGCGCUGCCUCUGCUCCUCCUACAUGGCCUCCUGCUACACCGGCAGCUCUAUGGAAUGAAGCUGCAGGCACAUAGGGGGCGCUGGAGUCAAGUGACGCUAACCCAGGUCCUUCAGAUCCAAGACCAGCUGUGUGCCAGCCUUAGCAAUCCCAGUGCUGCCAUGCAGGAGCUGGCCGUUUCGGUUUUCUAUGGGGGUCCUGUGGGAGACGACAAGGACAGGGAGGCCCUGAUUAGCCUCACACAAGCCUGCCUGAGCUCCGGCAGGAGGAGCUGGGACAAACCACACACCCCCCAGUAUCUGCUGGCCACUCUGAUGCCCAGCCCAGAGCUAGAGGAGCUGGAUGCUAUGGCAGAGUGCAAGGCCCAGAUGUACCUACUGCCCAUACCACCUGAACCACAGAUCUGCGGACUGAGUGCUGGCCCCCAGGCUUGGCUGUUACGACGCCAGAGUCGUGCUUUCCUGAGUGCGCUGCAGCGGAGUUCACCCACUUGGGUGCCUGCGCCUCCGGGAGGCUCCCGGCGGCGUGCUGAAAGGCGGCUGUGGCAACGCCUGGUGUUAGCCAAGCAGAGACUGGAGUCGUUACAGGCUCUGCUGACCAAGACCAUUCACCAAGAUGAGUCUGGCGCCAGGUGGGUGGUGAAGGGACUGAAUGCAGAGCAGCCUCUGGAGGGCUUCCUCCAGAUGGAGGUGCUGGAACUGAGCCAGCUGGUGAGCACGCUGCAGCGGGACCUUGACUGCCUGUUGCAGCAGCUGAAGGGCGCGACCCCGUGUGCUUCCCAACGCUGUGCCGCGGUGGCCCACGCUCUCUGGAAUGGCCUCCUACCUCCGCCUUGGAGACCUCAUGUGCCUGCUGGGCCACAGCCGCCCUGGCACUGGCUGCGACAGCUGUCACGCAGUGGACAACUGUUGGUUCGCUACCUGGACGUGGGCUCCGAAGUACCAAAACGCAUCUUUCACCUGUCAGCCUUUCGCCACCCACGCCGCCUGCUGCUUUCACUGCGCUGGGAGGCUGCCUUUGCUAUGGACCAGUAUGUGCCCAACUCGAAUUUGCCUGAUUGUCAAAUUCAAGGCUCCAGCUCCAAUCAGCUCCCCCACAAAUGUCAGGGGCUGAACAUCAACCCUCUGCACGUCCAGGUAGUGAACGGCCCGAAGCCCAUGGUUCCAGAGGUGGGGGAGCUGCUGCUGACUGGGCUACAGCUCUGCAACGCCGAGUGGGACCCGCUGGCAGGGGCCUUGCAGGACAGUCCCUCCAGCGGGCCCAGCCCUCUGCCUCCCAUCAGCAUCAGCACCAGAACCCAGGCCCAGGGCACCAAUGACCGGCCACCCCAUGCCGGCCUGGCGGUAUAUUCCUGUCCUGUGUACAUGGAAGGUCCCCUCGGCACCACAAGGCUGCACAGCAGGAACAUCCUAAUGCACCUGCCCCUGCCCACAAAGCUCAGCCCUGCCAUCUGUGUCCAACGGAGAGUCCAUGUGUGCAGCCCGCCCCUGCCCUGA